AUGCCCUGCUCUCAAGAGACACAAGUCAUCUCCCCCAGCAAAUGGGCCCGGCCUGCAGAGGAGGGCGGCAUGCGGCUCCACUUUGCCCGGCUUUCAGAGCACGCCACCACUCCGACCAAGGGGUCUGAGCGCGCCGCGGGCUAUGACCUGUACAGUGCCUAUGAUUACACAGUACCACCUAUGGAGAAAGCCCCUGUGAAAACAGACAUUCAGAUAGCUCUUCCUUCUGGGUGCUAUGGGAGAGUAGCUCCUCGUUCUGGCUUGGCUGCAAAACACUUCAUAGAUGUAGGAGCUGGUGUCACAGAUGAAGAUUAUAGAGGAAAUGUUGGUGUUGUACUGUUUAAUUUUGGCAAAGAAAAGUUUGAAGUCAAAAAGGGUGAUCGAAUUGCCCAGCUCAUUUGUGAACGGAUAUUUUACCCAGAAAUAGAGGAAGUUCAAGUUUUAGAUGACACUGAAAGGGGUUCAGGAGGUUUUGGUUCCACUGGAAAUAAUUAAGAUUUAUGCCAAGAACAGAAA